AUGGCUUUCUGGAACAAUUUUUUGCCGCUGUUGCACGAAAGCGGUAAAACCGAGAGCAACCCUGAACAUCAUUUAUUACCGCAGCACUAUCUGAAAAGUUCUUACUUCGGCGUGGUUAAACAAAAGAACGGGCAUACGAAAAUUCCUUUCAUUCCUCCUCCAUUACCACCCACUCCAAUUCCGCAGGAAUUGACCACACUUUUACAGCAGCGAAAGAUGUCCGAAAUGAAUGCAUCCAAAAAGGAGAGCCAGAUCAAUGCAGAGCGAGACAAGCAGCGGCGGUCAAAGAAACUGAACGUUAGUGGCGCUGUGAUGGACGAACAAGGAGGAUAUGACAUGGGAACGGUGAACACAUUCAGUCUUGCUAAUCCGGCAAACAUCGUCCCCCAAAGAAUGCCUCUUACUCAAGCGCCACUUGCAGCGAUGAACCCAACUCUAGAACCGAUGGUUUCACUUCAGGACGGUGACAUUCAUCCACUGCUACGAAGUAUUCAUCAGCCUCACCAGCUGCACUCCGGUUCUGUGAUCACAGAACAUGAGCCACUGCUGAACCAAAAGGUGAUAAGCCCCGUCUGCCCAAGACACAGCAAGCAUGCAACUUCAAAUACACUUGAAGAAAUCCAAGUUUAA